UCUAUUUGGCUUCACUUAACAAGGUUGUGGAGAAAGGAGAGAUGGUGAUUGUUUGAUGUGCCGGGUUGGAAAUAAUAUUUUCAAUUUUCAUUCAAAAUUUUUGAAAUUGAAUCGGAUCAGAUCACAAUCUUCAAUUUCAGAAUAUCUGGAGUAAUCUUGAAAUUUUUCACUCUUUAGACUACUGCUACUUGCUACCAAGGCAUAUCCAUCAGCCACCCACUUGCUACUACUUGCUCCAGUGGUCUCACUAUCCAUCCUUCUCCAGAUAGGUAUUCAUUUUCCCUUCCGAUCCACCAUCUUCUUCUACUGCACAUAUCUUAACUUACAUUGUCUUUCCAGUUUCGAGUUUCAAAAAUUUGGUAUAUCUGUUGCUCAACUUUUAAUUACCAGAUAUCUCUGCCGCAACCUGGGUCGGCUAAUGGCGAUGACCGAUCCAAGAGCCUCCGGCUCUGGUUCGUCUUCACCUCCCCAAUGGAAGUAUGACGUUUUCUUGAGUUUCAGGGGUGAAGACUCCCGCAAGAAUUUCAUAGGCCAUUGAUACGACAAACUGCUGUGGCGCGGCAUCAAUACUUUGAAGGACGACCCAGAACUCAAAAGAGGCGCAUCUAUAUCUCCGGAGCUCUUUCGUGCAAUUGAGGAAUCGAGGUUCGCCAUGGUGGUUCUCUCUCCAAACUACGCUUCGUCCUCCUGGUGCUUGGAUGAACUUUCAAAGAUUUUUUAUUGCAUGGAAGCAAGAAACAGAAUUUUGCGAGUGUCUUAUGAUGUGGAUCCCUCCCAUGCCCGAAAACAAAUGGGAACUUUCGCGGAAGCCUUUGACAGGCAUGAAGAGAACUUUCAGGAGGAUUCAGCAAAGGUGCGGCAUUGGAGAGCUCUUUUAACAAAAUUGGGGAAUCUUGCUGGAUGGGCUUCAAAGGACAGGCAAGAAUCUGGAGAUGCAUGAUUUGGUGCAGGAAAUGACAUGGAAAAUUGUUCGUAGAAAGUCUAAAGAGCCUGGACGACGUAGUUGGUUGUGGCUUCGUGAGGAAAUUUUUCAUGUAUUAAAGAAUAAUAU